AAACCCUCGGGGAAGCAACACGGCAGCGGACCAAGAUGGCGGCGCCCAGUGAGGGACUGGCUUUUGCCACGGGGGUUGAAAAGAAUUGGGGUGCAGUAGUUCGCUCCCCAGAAGGAACCCCCCAGAAAAUCCGGCAGCUGAUAGAUGAGGGGAUUGCCCUGGAAGAGGGAGGCGUGGACGCGAAGGACACGUCUGCCACAUCCCAGUCAGUUAAUGGAUCACCCCAAGUGGAACAAUCUUCAUUGGAAUCUACAAGCAAAGAAGCCUUCUUUAGCAGAGUGGAAACAUUUUCUAUAUCCUUUUUUAGUUCAUGUGAAUUGCACUUUCUACAAUUUUAUCAGCAGAUCCAGGGCAAUUCAGAAAGCUUCUGUUGCUUGACAGAAGACAAGAUCAGUCUUCUCCUACACCUACUUGAAGAUGAACUUGAUCACCGAACUGAUGAGAGGAAAACUACAACCAAAUUAGGCUCAGACAUCCAAGUCCACGUCACUGCCUGUAUUCUCUCUGUGUGUGGCUGGGCAUGUAGUUCCUCUUUGGAACCCAUGCAGCUCUCCCUGAUAACAUGUUCUCAGUGUAUGAGGAAGGUGGGACUUUGGGGCUUCCAGCAGAUUGAGUCGUCCAUAACUGAUCUGGACACAUCGUUUGGCCUGACCAGCUCCCCUAUUCCAGGCCUUGAGGGGCGGCCAGAGCGCUUCCCUCUGGUGCCUGAAUCUCCUCGGAGGAUGAUGACCCGGAGCCAGGAUGCCACUUUCUCCCCAGGCUCAGAGCAGGCUGAAAAGAGCCCUGGUCCCAUUGUCUCUCGAACUCGGAGCUGGGACUCCUCCAGUCCUGUUGACCGUCCUGAGCCAGAGGCUGCUAGCCCCACCACCAGAACCCGCCCAGUGACCCGAAGCAUGGGAACAGGUGACACCCCUGGCCUGGAGGUACCAUCUAGCCCCCUUCGGAAAGCCAAGCGAGCUCGCCUCUGCUCCUCCAGCAGUUCGGACACAUCUUCCCGAAGCUUCUUUGAUCCCACCUCUCAGCAUAGAGACUGGUGCCCUUGGGUGAAUAUCACACUUGGCAAAGAAAGCAGGGAGAAUGGUGGAACUGAACCAGAUGCCAGCGACCCAGCAGAGCCAGGCUGGAAGGCAGUGCUGACCAUCUUGUUGGCCCACAAACAGUCUAGCCAGCCAGCUGAAACAGACUCUGUGAGCCUCUGUGAGAAAUCAAGGAAAGUAUUCCGAAUAUUUCGGCAGUGGGAAUCUCUGUGCUCGUCCUGAAGAUAUUCCAGCCCCUUCUGGAGACAGCUGGAAUGAGAGUGACUCUUUGAAAAAUGAAGGCCAAGUUCCUUUUGGUCAGCUGACGCUAAGUUUUUCCUGUUCUGGGUUAAUCAUAAGGACCGCCUGUUGUUGCAAAGGCUGUGAGUGUCAACCAUCUGCAUCUGGCUGAGGGAGACCAGAUGUCGUCACUUUCAGGAUGUGGCGGGGUAAGGACAGCAAGCCUGGUUGUGUUGAAGGAGUGUGGGGUUAUCUGACUAGCGGGAGGACCAAGGACCUGACCACCCAUUUCAGCAUCUUCAAUGUGGGGCAGUGUUCUGAGGACUCUUCUAUCCCAGAAGUAUGUCAGUGUGUGUUAAUAAAAUCUUUGCUAAGAUUCUCA